GGAAGCCCAUUUCGUUCUCACUCUUCUUCAUUCCUCAUGGCGACAAACCCAGCACAAGAAGCUUCGGAACCUCUGAAAUACCAGACAUGGGUGUUGAAAGUAUCGAUCCACUGUGAAGGCUGCAAGAGAAAGGUGAACAAGGUGCUUCGGAGUAUCGACGGGGUUUAUACAACGACGAUCGAUUCCCCUCAACAGAAAGUUACAGUGACCGGAAACGUCGAUGCUGAGACCCUUGUCAGAAAACUUUUGAAAACAGGGAAACACGCGGAGCUCUGGCCUGAGAAAGCUGAGAAGAAGAAUAAGAAACAAGGAAAGGGGAAGAACAACGAGAAACAAAACGACCCAAAGAAAAGCGACGCCGGUACAGAGGGUGAGAACAAAUCCCAAGAGAACGUCGAUGGCAAAACUACCUCCUCUGAAACAGAGAAAAGCGAAGGAAACAGCAAAAAUAACGGCGGAGGUCAAAACAAAGAUGCGGCGAAAUCCGACGGAAAGAAGGCGGAGAAUUCUCCCGCCGGUAAUCAUUCCCCAGUUGUGGAUCCAGAAGGCGUAAGCAGUGAAAGCGAUGGAGGAGCUGCGGCGGAGAAAAGCAGCGGUGGCAAUGGAGGUAAAAAGAAGAAAAAGAAAGGGAAAAAGGUCAAUUUUGCCAACAAUGAAGGUGUAGGUGAAAACUCCGGCGGUACACCGGCAAGCACUGGAUCAGUCGCUGCUACUGGUCAGCCAGGUCUGGUCCAUACGGUUCCAAACCCAACCCCGGUUUUGAUCAAUGUCAGCCCUCCACGUCAUCAACCAUACUUCUACCCUACCUGCGUGGCUCCUCCCGUAUACGCCGUGAGUUACCAUACGGCGUAUCCUAGCGCCAGCUAUGGUGCAUCGUAUUACGCUACUCCUCCACCACCGGAUUCGUAUAGGUACACGUCAGCAGAAUCUUACUCACCACCACGUCACCCGUCGGAUUCUUUUGAGAUGUUCAGCGAUGAGAACGCCAACGGUUGCGUGAUUAUGUGACCGGCGGUUCGACCACAGGGUUUGGCGGACGGGAAAUCCACGCCAAUCAACGUUGUUUUUUUCUGGCCAUGGGAACACUUUCACCUUAAAUUGGUAUUAAAGGUAGCUUAACUUAAGCUUAUCGUAUAGGGGUUUGGAACUUUAGAUAGUUUUAUGACAAUGUACGUAGAUUAAGGAAAAUUAGAUUUGAUGAACCAAUAAGAUUGGUUUUUAUUUUGAGGGUUAUAUGGUAAUUAAUCCUUGUUUUGCAUAUUUAUCUACUUGGUUUGCUCAAAA